GUCAAAUUGACAGUAUCAUUAAUGUCAUUAUCAUGUUGGUGAACGUAAAAUAAAUUACAAAAAAUAUUAAAAUGCUCUUAUUCUUAGUAAUAUUAAUUCGAUUUUGAAAUAUAGUGAACGAAAAUUGUUUAUUGUAAUUCAAUAAAAAAUAAAUAUAUCCAUAAAAUGUCAUACGAAUGGUUUGAACGUAUUGGGCGACCACGUUUUGUUGUGGCACCUAUGGUUGAUGCGAGUGAACUCGCAUGGAGACUAUUAUGUCGAAGACAUGAAGCAACGUUGUGUUAUACUCCUAUGCUACACAGUGCUAUAUUUAUAAAAGAUCCCAAGUACAGAAAAGAGAACUUUACUACAUGUACAGAAGAUCGUCCAUUAAUUGUUCAGUUUUGUGGAAAUAAUCCAGAAACAAUGGCAACUGCUGCAAAGUUAGUUGAAAAAGAUUGUGAUGCCAUAGAUGUUAAUCUUGGUUGCCCUCAAUCGAUAGCCAAGCGUGGUAGGUAUGGUGCGUUUCUUCAAGAUGACUGGGACCUUUUAAAGGAUAUUGUAUCUACCAUGUCAAAGGCAGUAUCAAUACCAAUUACAUGUAAAGUAAGAAUUUUUGAAAGUGUAGAAAAAUCAGUUGAAUACGCAUUGAUGUUACAAGCUGCAGGAUGCAAGCUUCUCACAGUUCAUGGGAGAACUAGAGAUCAAAAGGGACCAUUAACAGGUGUUGCAAAUUGGGAUUAUAUCAAAGCUGUUAGGAGUUCUGUAUCAAUUCCAAUGUUUGCUAAUGGUAAUAUUCAAUGUUUAGAAGAUGUAUAUAGAUGUCUUGAGUAUACCAAAGUUGAUGGUGUUAUGAGUGCUGAAGGUAAUCUGACAAAUCCUGCAAUAUUUGAAGGGAUUAAUCCUGUAACGUGGGAUAUAGCUCUUGAAUAUCUUGAAUUGGUGCAGAAAUAUCCAUGUCCUACAUCUUUCAUACGAGGUCACUUGUUUAAAAUAUUCCAUAAAAUUUUUUCUUUUAAUACCAAUAAUGAUGAAAGAGAACUUUUGGCCACUGGUCAAAAUUUGAAUGACUUUAUAAAAGUAUGUGAAGCACUAAAAGACAAGUACUUAGGAUACCACCUGGGUGAGCAACAAUUUGAUGACAAUGAGAACAUCACAAGACAAGGCUUCAAUUUGAUAUUACCACCCUGGAUAUGUCAACCAUAUGUUAGAAUGUCUCCUGAAGCACAUACAGAAAAAAUGCAAAAUUUAUGUAAAGUUCAGAACAGCACACCAGAUAUUAAAAGAUCACAUGAUGAUCUAGAUGGGAAUAGCAUUUCUAGAAAGAAAAUGAAAAAACUGAAAAGGAUAAUGAGAUGGCCCAAUAAACCAGAUAAUGAUAAACAACCAAGCAGAACAGGAGAUAUUUGUGUCAACCACUCCUGCCCUAAUCCUCUUGGUGGAAAGUGCUUAUUUCGGUUUUGUAAGAAAUGUUGUCGAGAUAAGUGUUUUGAAGAAGAUUUGGAUUGUGAAGGGCAUAGAAUAUUAGUCCAUACCCGACGUCAAAUGGCAAAGAAAUUUGCUAAAGAAAAUGGAUUGGAAGAUAGUAUAAAAAAUAUUGAUAAAUACUGAUCAAAAUGCAGGAAAAAAUAGUUAGCAAGCAU